CAAACAAUACUCUGUUUCUUCUUAGACUUGCCGCCGCGCCCUAGGGUUUGCGCCACCGUGCCGCUGCCGUGAGGCCCCUUCCCUUCUCCGGUUGUCCCUUCGGCGGAAGACCACCUUUAUUGCAUUCCUCUCUGGCUUCCUACCUGGCUUCCUACGUGGAGAUUUCUUAGCUCUGCAAUAGUAGCCGCACGCCUUUUCAAGAUUGCUGAAGAAGGCUUUAGCAGAUCUUCUACUAAUUCCAAUGUCAAAUAACAAUGAAAAAGCACAUCACAAUGGCCAAUCCGGUCGUCUACCCAGGAAACGGUUUUACAGAGCAAGGGCACACAGUAAUCCCCUCAGUGACUCUCAUUUCCCAAUUCCCAUCUGCCCCUCUGAAGUCGAUUAUGCGCAGCACUUUCCUCAUUUCUUCCCUUCUGUAAUGUGUGAUCAAGACAAAUGUGAUGCACCAGUCCCCAAAGUUAGGUUUGCCGACAUCGGUUGUGGUUUUGGUGGAUUGCUGGUCAGCCUCUCUACACUUUUUCCUGAUGUCCUAAUGAUUGGAAUGGAGCUCAGAGACAAGGUUUCAGAAUAUGUAAAAGAGCGGAUUCUAGCCUUGCGUGCAUCAAAUCCAGGGCAGUAUGAGAACAUCUCUGUUGUUCGCACCAAUUCAAUGAAGUACAUUCCGAAUUACUUUGAGAAGGGACAACUAUCUAAGAUGUUCUUUCUAUUUCCUGAUCCUCACUUCAAAGAAAAAAACCAUCGCCGCAGAGUCAUCAGCAUUCAGCUUCUCGACGAGUAUGCAUAUGCAUUGGAGGUCGGGGGGAUCAUAUAUACAAUCACAGAUGUUGAAGAGCUCGGUGAUUGGAUGAGAACUUGUUUGGAGAAUCACCCUUUGUUUGAAGCUAUACCAGAGGAAGACCUCAAAGCGGAUCCCGUUGUUGAGCUUUUAACUAGUGCAACAGAGGAAGGACAGAAAGUUGCGAGAAAUGGUGGACAAACUUUUAAAGCUUUAUUUCGGAGAAUAGCUUUCAAGGAAUGAAUCUCUUAAGUGACAACUUCUUAUCUUUGAGUUACAUGAUCUUGUUUUUUUCAUGAUCUUUGAGUUGCAGAGUUUGUGAGAAAAUUUUUGAACUAAUUGGUGUAAGGAAAUAGUGAUUAUUGUAGUUCAGUGUGUCAGGUCAGGUAUGUAUCUUGCCCUUAAAUUUGAGGAUUGGUGCUAUAUCAUAUUCUUGAAGAUAUACAGAAGGAAACAUGAUGAGAUCA